UCCUUCUAUUGCUUUGCUUCAUUUAAAGGCUGCAAAAAGAAAGAGAGAAAGCAAGCUCCCUUAAAGCCAUGGAGGGCCUAGUUUGCCCUUUGUUCAGCUCAACCACGGUAUUGGCACCGCUGAAGCUACCGUUUAACAAUACUAAACCAUCAUUUUUGUUCCUGCAGAAGCCUUUUUUGGCUCAUCCAAAAUCCACUAUAAUCCCCUUCUCUUCAUUUCUCUCUACCUCUUCACGCUUACCCUCUUCUGUUAUUUAUGCGGCACCAGAGAGCCAGUUGAAUGUGGGGAUUGACGCGGAGGCAGGGGAAUGGGCAAUGCAAGAUUUCUAUAGCUUAAGGAGGGAUGUUGAAGCAGCCUCAGAGCGUGUUGAAGAGAUUAGAGCCUCGGCUGGUAUCCAACAAUUAGAACAACAACUUGCAGAUUUAGAGUCGAGAGCAGCUGAUAGCUCCUUUUGGGAUGACCGUGCUAGAGCUCAAGAAACCCUUUUGGCUCUUACAGAUGUCAAAGAUAAGAUAAAAUUGCUCAAUGACUUUAAAAUCAAGGUUGAAGAUGCAGAAACUAUAGUCAUGCUGACAGAAGAGGUGGACUCUAUAGAUACUGGACUUCUUGAAGAGGCUUCCAGUAUAGUUAAAGAAUUAAACAAGUUAUUGGACCGAUUUGAGUUGACUCAACUUCUCUCAGGCCCCUAUGAUAAAGAAGGUGCUGUUAUAUCUAUCACAGCUGGUGCUGGAGGAACUGAUGCACAGGACUGGGCUGACAUGCUUCUGAGGAUGUAUGUGAGAUGGGGAGAGAAACAGCAAUACAAGACGAGGGUAGUUGAAAAAUCUCCGGGAGAGGAAGCUGGAAUUAAGUCGGCUAUAGUUGAGGUUGAAGGCCGUUAUGCUUAUGGGUAUUUGUCUGGGGAGAAAGGGACUCAUAGAAUUGUGCGACAAUCUCCUUUUAAUGCUAAAGGUCUUCGUCAGACGAGCUUUUCUGGUGUCGAAGUAAUGCCACUUCUUCCUGAAGAGUCUAUGGACGUUGAAAUACCUGAGGAAGACCUAGAAAUCAGUUUUUCAAGGGCAGGUGGAAAAGGAGGCCAGAAUGUAAACAAGGUUGAAACUGCUGUCAGGAUUACUCACAUUCCCACCGGUGUCACUGUUCGCUGCACAGAAGAGAGAUCCCAGCUUGCAAACAAGAUCAAGGCUCUUAGCCGGCUAAAAGCAAAGUUGUUGGUCAUAGCCGAGGAACAAAGGGCAUCAGAAAUCAAGCAAAUAAGGGGAGAUGCAGUGAAAGCUGAGUGGGGCCAACAGAUAAGAAACUAUGUUUUCCAUCCAUACAAACUUGUCAAAGACGUGAGGACGGGACUUGAGACAUCAGAUAUUACCUCUGUAAUGGAUGGGGAAUUGGAGCCCUUCAUCAAAGCUUACCUCAAGUACAAAUACAACAUGACAUUGUCUGCUUCUGGGAUUAAUUGACAUAUUUAUUCAUUUUAUUUACUACAUGCUUAUAGCAUAUGUACUUAUGUAAAAUACAGCAGAUUAUCAUCAGGUAAUAUUUUUCAUGAAAAUUUAAAAAAAUUAAUUGAUUAA